GACAGGAAGUGCCGCAAUUCUGCGCCGGACAGGGCGGAAACGGCGUAACAAUGGCGGCAGCUGAAAACAAUGUGGAACUUAAACGAAAAGCCGAUGAAACUCGGGCCGAAGACGGAGAAGUGGAGGACUGGGUCGGGCCAAUGCCGAAUGAAGCUACCAAGACCAAGAAAAGAAAAGUGCUAGAAUAUGAACGCGUGUACUUGGACAACCUGCCUUCAGCUGCUAUGUACGAGAAGAGUUACAUGCACAGAGAUGUCAUCACUCACAUUGUUUGUUCCAAGACAGACUUCAUCAUCACGGCCAGCCAGGACGGACACGUCAAGUUUUGGAAGAAGAACGAGAGUGAGGGAAUCGAGUUUGUCAAGCACUUCCGGAGCCAUCUUGGCGUGAUCGAGAGCAUCGCGGUGAGCGCGGAGGGCGCCCUCUUCUGCUCUGUGGGCGACGACCAGGCCAUGAAAGUGUUUGACGUGGUCAACUUCGACAUGAUCAACAUGCUGAAGUUGGGCUUCCACCCCGGGCAGAGCGAGUGGAUCUACAAUCCCGGCGACGCCAUUUCCACGGUGGCCUGCUCGGAAAAAACCACGGGAAAGAUCUCCGUCUACGACGGGCGGGGCAGCGGUGAGCCCCUCCACGUCUUCGCCAAGAUGCACUCCUCGCCGCUGUCCCAGAUCCGCCUCAAUGCCAAAUUCCGGGUGGUGGUCUCUGCCGACAAAGCGGGGAUGCUGGAAUACUGGACCGGUCUGCCCAACGAGUUCAAGUUCCCCAAAUACGUGCAGUGGGAGUACAAGACGGACACGGACCUGUACGAGUUUGCCAAGAACAAAACCUACCCCACCAGUCUGGUCUUCUCCCCCGACGGGAAGAAGAUGGCCACUAUGGCGUCUGACCGGAAGGUCCGAAUGUUCCGCUUCUUCACGGGAAAACUGAUGAGAGUUUUUGAUGAGUCAUUAACCAUGUUCACAGAGCUGCAGCAGAUGAGGCAGCAGCUGCCCGACAUGGAGUUCGGGAGGCGCAUGGCGGUGGAGCGAGAACUGGAGAAGGUGGACGGGAUCCGUCUGACCAACAUCAUCUUUGACGAGACGGGCCACUUCGUCCUGUACGGCACCAUGCUGGGCAUCAAGGUCAUCAAUGUGGAGACCAACAGAUGCGUGCGGAUCCUGGGGAAGCUGGAGAACAUCCGCGUGAUCCAGCUGAGUCUCUUCCAGGGCGUGGCCAAGGCCAUGCAAGUGGCGCCCACCGUGGAGAUGAAGGCGUCGGAUAAUCCCGCCCUGCAGAACACAGAGCCGGACCCCACCGUCUUCUGCACCGCCUUCAAGAAGAACCGCUUCUAUAUGUUCUCAAAGAGGGAACCGGAGGACACGAAGAGCGCCGACUCGGACCGAGACAUCUUCAACGAGAAGCCCUCCAAGGAGGAGGUGAUGGCCGCCACGCAGGCCGAGGGCCCCAAGAGGGUGUCGGACAGCGCCAUCAUCCACACCACCAUGGGUGACAUCCACAUCAAGCUGUUCCCCGUGGAGUGCCCGAAGACGGUGGAGAACUUCUGCGUCCACAGCAGGAACAGCUACUUCAACGGACACAUCUUCCACAGAGUCAUCAAGGGCUUCAUGAUCCAGACCGGGGACCCCACGGGCACCGGCAUGGGCGGCGAGAGCAUCUGGAGCGGCGAGUUCGAGGACGAGUUCCACGCCACCCUGAGACACGAUCGGCCCUACACGCUCAGCAUGGCCAACGCGGGCCCCGCCUCCAACGGAUCACAGUUCUUCAUCACCGUCGUGCCCACGCCUUGGCUGGACAACAAGCACACAGUGUUUGGGAGGUGCAUCAAAGGGAUGGAGGUGGUCCAGAGGAUCUCCAACAUCAAAGUUCACCCCAAAACGGACAAACCGUACGAGGACAUCAGCAUCAUCAACAUCACCAUCAAGUGAUUUUUUUACACAACUAUUAAACGCCGCGUUCAAGUGUCGCCAGUAAUGCUCCGUCUUUGACAUAACUACGUAAGACACGGACACAUUUGCAAAAAAAAAGUGAGUCAAAGAAAAGACAAGCACAAAAGCAAAAUGUUCAGGACAAACUAGGAAUAUGGAGUCCUUGCUGUUGGUUUGUCGGCAAAAUAAACAAAACACGGGUGGAUUUCCAAUGCAAGGUCCAAAAUAAGAUCAACAACACCCGGUUAAGCUUUGGGAUCAUUUGUAGUACCACAUGGUCACAUUUCUCUAUGUGUGCUUGCUAGCUAGGGAGGAGUACCAAGUCCUGUCGGUACUACCGGGUACUGAUUCAUGAAAAAUCUAACUUUUUGACACCUUUGUUGCAUGUGACGUCACAUCCGGUUGCACUCAACAACUCCCAAUUUUUCAACACCCACCCCAAAAGUGAGUCAAAAAAAGACAAGCACAAAAGCAAAAUGUUCAGGACAAACUAGGAAUAUGUAGUCCUUGCUGUUGGUUUGUUGGCAAAAUAAACAAAACACGGGUGAAUUUCCAUGGAAGGUCCAAAAUAAGAUCAACAACACCCGGUUAGACUUUGAGAUCAUUUCUAGUACCAUAUGGUCACAUAUCUCUGUGUGUGCUAGCUAGGGAUGAGUACCAAAUUUAUCGGUACCACCGGGUAUGGAUUCAAAUAAAAUUUAACUUUUUGAUACCUUUGUUGCACAUCCGGUUGCAGACUCAACAACUCCCUCUGGGUAAUGUUGACAUUUUUAAACACCCUGCCCAAAAGUGAGUCAAAAAAGACAAGCGCAAAAGCAAAAUGUUGAUGACAAACAAGGAAUAUGUAGUCCAUGCUGUUGGUUUGUCGGCAAAAUAAACAAAACAUAGGCGGAUUUUCAUGGAAGGUCCAUAAUAAGAUCAACAACACCCGGUUAGACUUUGGGAUCAUUUCUAGUACCAUAUGGUCACAUUUCUGUAGGGAUGAAUACCAAAUUCAGUACUUAUAUAGGCUUCGGCCAGAUCCUGUCGGUACUACCGGGUAUGGAUUCAUGCAAAAUCAAACUUUUUGACAACUUUGUGGCACGUGACGUCACAUCCGGUUGCAGACUAAACAACACCCUCUGAGUAAAGUUGACAUUUUUAAACACCCAGCCCAAAAGUGAGUCAAAGAAAAGACAAGCGCAAAAGCAAAAUGUUGACGACAAACUAGGAAUAUGUAGUCCUUGCUGUUGGUUUUUCAGCAAAAUAUACUAAACAUAGGCGGAUUUCCAUGGAAGGUCCAUAAUAAGAUCAGCAACACCCGGUUAGACUCUGGAAUAAUUUCUAGUACCACAUGGUCACAUUUCUCUGUGUGUGCUAGCUAAGGAUGAGUACUGAAUCCCGUCGAUUGAUGCAAAAUCAAACUUUUUAGAUGCCUUUGUUGCACGUGACGUCACAUCCAGUUGCAGACUCAACAACGCCCUCUGAGUAAGGUUGACAUUUCUUAACACCCGCCCCAAAAGUGAGUCAAAGAAAAGACAAGUGCAAAAGCAAAAUGUUGACGACAAACGAGGAAUAUGUAGUCCUUGCUGUUGGUUUGUCGGCAAAAUAAACAAAACGUGGCCCUAGUGUGUGAAUGUUGUCUGUCUAAAGGUAAGACCACAAUAAAGUUUUGUUGAAUUAAAUGUA